UAUUAUAAUCUGUGAAUAUUGUUGAUUUGUUGAAGAAAUAUCGCAACUGUGUUCUUCACAUUUCACAUAUAUUUUUAUAUCCAUAAAUCUAAGAGAGCAUGUUAUCGCCAUUAAUGAAGCCAUUCAGAUAUUUUUGCUAAAUAAGUAAAAUAAGUACAGAAUAAAUUGCACAAUAUUUGCCAAGGUUCAUGUUUUAAAAGUUUACUUGAUAACUAAAAUUAGAAAAAUUUCGAAGAUGUCCUAGUUUAAUUUUCAUUAAUAAUUAUUUAAUAUGCCUCCAAAGAAAGUAAAUAAAACAGUAAAGAAAACUGUGCAAGUAAAAACACCGCGACGGAGGACUAAAAAUGUACCACAAAUUCAAACAGAGGACAGAUCAAAAGGCCCAAAACUAAAUUCAACUAAUGAUGAUCAGAAUAAAGACAGAGUGGUAGUAUUAACCAAGAAUGAUAUUAAUAUUAUGCUGGCAAAUGAAGUUGUAGAGAGACAAUUCCCAAAAAAAUCUACAUUAUCAAAAGAUCCAGUAAAUGAAGUAAACUUAGAUCUUUUGAAGACAACAAAAACCAAACCAAUAUUAAAAAGAAAAAAAUUAUUGAAAAAUAAAGUUCCAAACAGAGAGAGUACAUGUGAAGAAAACACAUGCAAAAAGAAUAUCAAACUUGUGGUGAGAAAAAUCCGAAAUGCACCCAACAAGGUACAGAAAAGUGUACCAAAAAAAACCCAAAAUGAAAGUGUACCUGGGUCACGUAAAAAUGAAACGAAAAAACUUGGAAGACAUAAAAUUGUACCAAAAAAGAAAUCAGUUGAAAAUAAUGAAACUACCAAUGAAAAUUUCGAAAUCAAACCAAAGACAGCUAGAAGAAAAUUAUCCCUCGUUCGGAAAGCUGUAACAUCUGGGCCACAAACACGUAAACAAGCAGGUGAAGUUACGAAAGUUGCUGAACCUGUAGUCUCACCGGAAAAAAAAGAAAACAAUGAAAUUAUCAAUACGAAUGCUAAGGAACGAGAUAUAAUUUUACGUAGACAAUCAGCAGCAAGCUUGUCUGAAUUAUCUUGGACUAAAGAUAUUUCAAGUAGCAGUACCACCACAUGCGCUACGGUUUCUUCGAAAGAUUUCUUUCGUAUUGAUAAUAAGAUACCAAUACUAAAACUAACAAAUAUUGAGCGGAAAUUAAAAAACGUAGAAAAUAACAACCUUUACGAUAUAAAUAAGGAACAUCCAACAGUACCUGUAUCGAUUCAAUUUGAUAAUAUUAUUUGUGAAAAAAGUGCCAUUGAACAUUGUGAUAAAAAUAACGAAGAUGAGAAAAGAAAUGAAAGAUAUGAAGAUGACGAAGUAAAUUUUCACUGUACCCAAUUAGUAAGUAACUUGUCCACUAGCUCCUCUGAUUCAAAUUCAGAUGAAGAAAAAUCACCCAAAACUAAUCCAACAGCUAUCAACAAACUUAAUGAUACAUUAGAAAAACUGUCUUCGAAGAUUAAAAAUUUCGAUUUAGAAAUAUUAAAUUGGAUAGGGUAUAGAAAUGAGGAAACCAAUCCUAAUAUAGAAAAGAUACAACAACAACUAUAUCAAGAUAACUUACUUAAAGAGGAAAUGAAUGUUAUCAUUCAUUGUCAAAGCAUAAAACGAAUGUUAUCAGAGAACAGUCAGACUACUGAUGCAGAACCUGUAAAAUGUGGGGAGUGUAAUGUUCACACUGAUUUUGAAAAAACUAUGAGUAGCGAAAAUAUUCAUGAAUCUCAUAAUAAUAGCGAACAUAAAUAUAAUAGUUUCAACGAGAGUAAUUGUCAAGAAGGAAAUGUAGAUUUUGAACGAAUCGAACCAAGUAAAGAAAAAGAUUUGGCUAUAAAUCUGUUAACAGGUGGUAUGUCUUUUGAUGAUGAUGACGAAGAUGACACAUUAUCUCUUUACGCGGAAAGUAUCACUGGCAUAGAAUCCUCUACAAAAAAUAGCAAACUCGAAUGCAAUGUGAAUCAUCUAAAUGAAGAAUAUGUACCAAAACCCAUUUCUAAUAAUAAAUUCAAAUCUCCUGAAACUAUUAAAUAUCAUCCAACGAAAAUAAUAGAAGAAAAACUAAUAGAAACUCCACAAAAUACCAGUUUGGGUAAUGUUUGUGAAAAACAAAAUGCCGAUUCCACCUCAAUUUAUAAAGAACAGUAUAAUUAUACUAGUUUACAAGAAAAUAACGCCUCCAAUGAAAACAAUAAAGUUAACGAAAAACACUCGAGAACCCAAAAUAACAUUACAAAAUUAAUACCUAAAUCACCAAUAUUAAUGGAUUCCAUUUAUAAACAGAUAAAUGGUGUGACAAGUAUAGUAUUCAAAGGAAUUUGUUUUUUUAAUCUCAUUUCGAAAUGCAAGAAGAAUACGUGCAAAUUUCCCCAUAUCUCUCUCGAAGUCGAUACCGUUAAAAAUAAAUUACUCUUUCUUAGUGAUACAACGUUUAUACAAGAAUAUAUGUUGCUUCGUUGCUGGCCGUGUCUUAGAUUGAAAUACGGAAUGUGCUUUGUCGAAGAAUGUAUUCGAAGGAAAUUGACAAGAAUCGUCGUCGAAAUGGCCCUGGAUUUCAUACGUACCUCAAAGAAAAUUACUAUGAUAGACAUUGUUGAAACUAUCUUAUUGUAUUUAAACAACGUCGACUUGUGCGUUUGUGAGGAUUUAUUGAUGAUUAAGAUUAUGUCGACUACCUUCCUCUUGUGUGAUUUUUUCAUUAACACGAUAGCAGAGUCGCAGAAUUUUUCGAGAUUCAAAAAUGUUUUUGUUAAUUUAACCGAUUUAAUGUAUCGUAACGGUAGAACUUUCAGUGCGGACGUAGCUGCACACGUUUUAGAAAGGAUAGUUAUUUUACCAUACGAUGAAGGUUUAGCGCGGGCGCUAAUAAAAAUUAUUAGAAAUACCGAAGCUUGUAUAUUUUCUAAUCCAAUGAUAGGACAUUUGGAGCAACACUUAAUAAGAUCGAAUAUGGAACUUUACGGCGAGUACCAUUGUUUGAAAGAUCAAGUUUUGCAGAAACGUACGAUACUUGACAAUUGUUAUCCAAAUACAAUACACAACGAUAUGGAUAGAUCGAACGCGAAUCUAAACUAUUUAGACAAAGAUAAGCGAUAUUCACCAGAUACAACUAAUUUCGACCAUUUGAACAAAACAACAAUGGAACCGAAAUUCACAAGAACGAUAGAUCUCAACAAAAUAAAUUUUUUGAAUGUAAACGGUCACGUGAGCAACUCCAGUUCGUCGGAGAGCGAAGAUAAUAGAUUCACCCCAAAAAAUCAAUUUAAAAAUUGGAGGGGUAGAAAGCCUUAUGAUAACAUGAGACAUACGAACAGAAAUGCUUUAAUGCGUCCGCCCUUAAGACCUCCAUUUAAAAGAAGAUCCGAUCAAACCUUCGGCGGAAGUCCUAGUAAAUUUCAACGAAGGAACGGGUUUCAUUUUUUCAAAGACUUAUCAUAGUUUUAAGUGUAGUUUUGACAUUACUAAGUGGUCUGUACAGUUAUUUUUAAGCUACUGUGACUAAAAACAAUGUUCAUUGUUACUUUAAUUAAAUAUUAUAGAUAUUUCUUUAA